AAGCUCGUUGUGCUUGAGGGAGGUAAACAAACGCCAGUCAUUAUCAGCUGGUGCCAGAGACGCCCCUCUCCGCCCCGCCCCCGCCCCGCCCCGCUCCGCCCCGCCCAUGUGCUGCCCGCCACGCCCACACCGCUGCACGCCACAAGGGGGACUGUCAGAAUAAUUCAGUGAGGGAAGGUGUAGCAGCCAGCGUUGCCCCCAAGAUGGAGGAGCAAACUCUCCUUCAGUUUGCUCCGUUCAGCUCGGCGGUAGAUGCCGGCUUUUGGCACCACUUCACGCAGCUCAAGCUGGAUGUGCUGCAGCUUAAUGACCAGGCCGUUCCCAUGGCUGGCAGCUUCACCAACAGCGACACCCCGGGACUGCCGCCGCGCCUCCAUGUGGAAUACAAUGCACUGGAGAGGAGACAAGUCCCCUCCAGUUGGUCCUGCCAUGCAACAGGGAAGGUCAUCAACACCAACACCAUCGAGGAGUUCCGCAACCGAAGCAAACAAGACCUGCUGAGGGAGUCUGCCGCUUCACUGUGGGAGGCCAUCACCUCGGGCCGGGCUCUGGAGGACCCUUCACUGCUGGCAUCUUUCUUACUCUUUACUUUUGCAGACUUGAAGAAGUACCACUACUACUACUGGUUUGCCUUCCCAGCGUUCACAUUCCCAAAAGUUAUGUACACCAAGCCUCCACAAACGCUCUCGGAAGCCUUCACUCCUAAAGAGGUUUCUUCUCUGCUAACAUCCUACAUGAGUCAAGAGACAGAGUGUGAUCGCGGCUUCUUCAGCAUUACCAAGUGUGGCGAGGAGUGCGCCAUCCACCCGCUCAGGGAUUACCCCAGCCUCAGGACGGCAGCCAAGGAUCCUGACAGAGAGGUGUACCUUGGCAUAUCAGACCCCAGCACACUGCCCAGCAACCCUGGCUGGACACUGCGCAACCUCCUCACCCUGGCGGCUGUCCAAUGGUCCCAGCAGUGGAGGAGCCAUAAAGUUCUCUGCCUGAGGGUGAUAACCAGGAGUGGCGUGCAGAAUGCCAUGCACAGCCUUGUUCUGGAUGUUGACCUUGGCGAUGAAGCUGACUCCCUCCUGCCCUCCGAGAUGCCUCCGAGUCUUGGCUGGGAGAAGAAUGAGCGCGGGAAGAUGGGCCCCCGCAUGGUGAACCUGUCAGCAAAUAUGGACCCCACCAAGUUGGCUGAGUCAGCUGUGGACUUGAACCUGAAGCUCAUGAGGUGGCGAGUUGCACCUCAGCUGGACCUGGGCAUCAUUCACAGGACCCGCUGCCUCCUGCUGGGGUCCGGGACACUGGGCUGUGCCGUGGCCCGCUGCCUCAUGGGCUGGGGCGUCCGACACCUGACUCUGGUGGACAACGGAAAGGUGUCGUACAGCAACCCAGUGAGGCAAAAUCUCUACACCUUCAAGGACUGCCAGAAUGGCGGCCGUUACAAGGCUGUGGCCGCUGCCGAGGCGCUCCUGGAGAUUUUUCCGAAGAUGAACAGUAAAGGUGUGGUGCUGAGCAUCCCCAUGCCCGGCCACACCAUUGGAGAGAGCCUGCUGAAGCAAGUGAAGGAGGACGUGGCCACCUUGGAGCAGCUCAUUGAGGAGCACGAUGCUGUCUUCCUGCUCAUGGACUCCAGGGAGAGCAGGUGGCUGCCAACAGUGAUUGGGGCUGCCAAGGAAAAGCUGGUCCUCACGGCUGCUCUGGGCUUUGACUCCUUCCUUGUGAUGAGGCACGGCAUGAGGCAGGCCGGCACAGGGAGCCCCCAGCCCGCCAGCACGGCCAUCCCUCGCGAUUCCAUCCCCGGCCACAUGCUGGGCUGCUACUUCUGUAACGAUGUCGUGGCCCCAGGGAAUGUGAGUUCCACACACGACCGCACGCUGGACCAGCAGUGCACGGUGACUCGGCCGGGGGUGUCCUACUUGGCCGCCGGGCACGUCACGGAGAUGCUGGUAGCCACCCUUCAGCACCCUGACAAAGGGUUCGCUGAGGCCAGUGUGCAGGAGCACGGAGGGGUGAAGGAGGGCGUGCUGGGCCCGGUGCCUCACUCCCUGCGCGGGUUCCUGGGACGGCACCAGCUCCUGACCCCUGCCUCCACCGCCUUUGACCAGUGUUCAGGAUGCUGCAGCCAGGUUUUGAAUGCUUACAAAGAUGAAGGCUUUGAAUUUCUCCUCAAAGUCUUCAACUCCACGGCCUACCUGGAGGAGGUGUCCGGCCUGAACAAACUCCACCAGUGUGUUGAUGACUCUCAGGUGUGGGAGCUGAGCGAUGAUGAGGAUAUGGACUGAGGAUCACGCUGCAGAGAUGGUCACUGUCUUGUGUCAGUAUUGGUGUCCAUAGACUCUGGCACGCUUGUGCCUCAGCACAGUGCUGGUGGUUGUCAGCCAAGUCCAGUAGUAUGCCCAUUCUUGCCACUUAGUGCUGUGCUGUUUCCAAGACUUCAGGGAGUGCUGUGUGCUGAGCCUGGAGUGCAGGCUGUGCUGGCUGUUGCAGGCCACGGCUGCACUGGACAAAAGCAUCUCCAGAACAUAGUUUUAACAUGGUCUCUUUGGGGAGACAAGCUCAUGCUGGUCAGUUCUUUCUCUUUUAAUUAUGGUAGAAAUAUUUUUAAAAGCAUCAUUAUUAUUUGCAGUGGUGAUGAAAGCAGGGACGUCUGUGAUAACAUAGUAUUGUUAAUAAUGGUAUGCCAAACAGCUUGAGUUGAGGGUGUUGAGAAGGAUGGGGUUACUCCAGUAGUCAGGCCUAAGGAAUGUGCCCUUGUUAUCCUUUGCAUCGGAGCCGCUGACUGACUGCCGGAGCACCAGAUAUACUAUUGUUCUAUAAGGAUUGUGAAAUGUCUUCAGCCUCAGAUAUUUUUCUUUGGUGACUUAAAAUGUUAAAACCUUCAGUAGUAAGAUUCUUGGGCAGUGUGCAGACAGCUGGAUUUCCACUCUGGUCUUUAUGAAUCCUUCCCCCUCAGAGCUGCAUUAGUCCCCAUGACUUCCUGGCAGCAUGUUCCUGCUGUGAACUUGUUGUGCAGCUUCAGGGGCAGGGACCCCUGUGUUUGUAUGACCAGUCAGAGUGAAGGUGGGAGUUCAGUGGUAGUCAGCAACAAUGGAAAGAGUAAAUGAAGGGCCAGAUGGGGGCAUGGGCCACAUUUUUCAUGUUCCACAAGUACAGCCAUAACUCUGCUGGAGAAGUUGCCUCACAAGUGUGACUUAAAGAUUAUGUCCCAGAAAUCUACCAUUCUUUGUUAUAAAAUAAAAGUUAUAAACAGU